UACGCAACACGCUCACGUCGCUUCAUGGACGCAUAUGCAAAGGGACUGAAUGGUGCACAGGCCGCCUGGGCUGCAAAGAAAUAUCGUAGUCACCGUACACUACCCAACUCACUAAUGGAGGAUCUCGAGGCCGCCGCCACCAAAGCCCGAGGCUGA